AUGAAGCAAAUGUAUAUGUCUGAAAUUCAAAAUAGCACCUGCAAGCUGCCUCAAGCCAAUUGCUCUGUCUUGGUUGUUUUUUUUUCAGAUGCCCGUACCCAGCGUGAAUACAAUGAAAGCCAUAUUAUUACAGCACGCAGGAUUGAACAGAGUCCUACGGGGGAUUAUCUGGUACCAGAUUCUGAGGAGCUGAGGUGUGUCAGAUACUGUGUGGUGUAUGACUGCGAGACCAGCUCUUUGGAUUGCUAUGACGAUGAGGAAGAGGAGGAAGAAAAAGGGAGCAGUGCUUCUUCAGAGACUGAAAACACUGACUCAAGUUCCGUAUGUUCACAGAAUGCUGAGGAAGGAACUGCCGUCCGAUAUGCCAGAAGCUUAGAGCAGUUCACCCGCCAUCCCGUGCUUGUCCUGAGGGGAGGAUACAAGCUUUUUUCAGCUUGCUAUCAUUUUCUGAGGACUCAGAAGAUAUUGUGGAUGCCGCAGGAACUAGACAACUUCCAGCCAUACCCUGUAGAAAUACUGCCUGCAAAGUUAUAUAUGGGCAAUUUCAAGCAGGCCUGUGACCAACAAAUUCAGAAAGAUCUGAAGAUCACAGCACAAGUCAACAUCUCUGAACAGCCUGCCACACUGUUUGCAGAAGGUGGCAAAUAUCUCCAUAUACCUGUUCCAGAUUUGCUCGAAGCAGAUCUUUUCUCUACCUUUGCCACCAUUUGUCAUUUCAUAGACGCUCAGCUGGAUCACGGAGCAGUGCUGGUGUUCUCCAGCCUGGGGAUAAGCCGGAGCAGCACAGUAAUCAUGGCCUAUCUUAUACAUUCCUGCCAGUUUUCCCUGAAGAGAGCUUGGAACUACGUUCUGAAAUGCAAAACGAACGCGAGGCCACACCGGGGCUUUGUGAAACAGCUCUCAGACUGGGAGACCCAAAUCUACGGGACCACGAUCACAGACGUUUCUGAACCAAAUUACUGACAGGGAGCAAAGGGAACACCCAGUGGGGAAAGGCGCUUCCUUGUCCCUACCACUGUGC